ACGACCCGAAUGGUGAAUGUGAGUCGUAUUUGCUGACUUAUGAAGAUCUGACGUCACGUCGACCACGAGCAAAUCGCUAAUUACCGCUAAGACUGGACGCUGUCACCUCAUAAAGUGUGUCGGGUCUCGUACACACAGAGGCAAAUCGAGUCACCUGUAUCUGGGGCAAACAAUCAUUGUCGUCAACGAGUCAUGCACGCACUGAUCACCUGCGAGGCCUUAUCUUGGUUCCAUAAACGGCUUAUUAUAUCGAAAGAGAGUGCGCGCGCUGCCGAGAUGAUCUACUCCUUACAAUGAAUGACCAUCUUGACCAGUCGUCUUUAGUAUUGACCACUCGAGCAUUUUUCCUCCCAGGUACUACUGACAGAAGUACGUACAGGAGACGCUGUCCUCAUGACUGACUUUAAUUAUGUGGAAUUAAUUCCUUAUCAAAGAGCAAUCAGGGAUUCUCACAUACUCAUCGCGUCUAUUUUCGUUCUAUAACCGCUGUCAAUCGACAACUAUAGAAUAUAUUCGUUUCUGAGACCCAAUUUAUUUCAUUCGUCGAGGGAUGACUUUACAUGUUCCCACAUCGGAGGUAGUAGACAUAGGUCCUACAACAUCAGUAUUCUAAUCUGAAUUUACCAUCAGGCAAACAAUAAUCGUACUGAAUAGUAUUCCCUGGGGAACACCGUAAGGAGGCAGUCCCAUCGCAAUUGCAUCUAGACUGUCGAACAUUCACUUUCAUCUGAGAUGCUUUGCUUCACGAGAAGAACAUCCGAUCCCCUUCCUCUCGUGCGACCAAAGUCACUGACCCCAAUGCAGCAGAUUUCCUUGAUCGGGUGGUCUCUCUUCCGACCUGCCCUUGUCAUCUUGUCUUGCUUCUGGAUCGGGUACCUGACCGCCAUCGUAGGGCCGAUGCUCAAUGCAAAACACACGGCAACCAUCCAGCAUCGCGUCAGCCGCUUCGCCGACUACCUCUCCCUGCCGACCAACGUAUUCGACAACGGCAACCCCAUCCUCCGGAGGUCCAUCUCGUCGCCGCCCAGUGACGACCCUGGACGAUUCCGCUACGUGCUGAUUCCUCUCACAAGCGUCCACACCAUGCCCUACCACAAGAAACGGUUCGAGGUCUGUAUGCAAAGUCUCCUGGAGAAGUCAUCGAUCCCCUUGUAUUUCUUCUUCGUGGUUGACGAACCUAGUAGGCUGUACCUGGAAGAAAAGAUGAGGCUAUUCAGGAGGAACUUCAUGUCGAAAGUAGAGAUAGAGUAUACGUUUUUGGACCAGGAGACGGUUGCAAAGAAGCUUGCCCCAUCUGUGUCGGUGGUCCAACAAAUCGUCAGUGGCAACACCCAGGGCUACUACAACCAAUCCAUUUUCUUCCUGUCAGUGGCUAUUCAUCGAGGUAUCCUCCCCGACUUCGUCCACCAAAUCAUCAUGAUCGACACCGAUCUCAAGUUCCUCUCCGACAUCAGCGGACUUUUCGCUCAUUUCGACAAGUUCGGAGAUAGUAACGUCAUGGGCAUCGCGCAUGAUCAACAGCCGACAUAUCGCGAUGCGUUCAGCGCGUAUCGUGCGCGUUAUCCCAACACGCGCGUCGGUUCGCCGGCCCCUAAUGGACUACCAGGUUUCAACAGUGGUGUUGUGCUUCUAGAUCUUGAUCGUAUGAGGAGCAGCCAAAUCUAUAAUCGCUAUCUCAAUCCAUUGGUUGCGGAGUUUAUCUCCAAGAAAUAUUUAUUCAAGGGAAACUUAGGCGAUCAAGACUUUUAUUCCCUGAUCGGGAAUGAAAGAGAAAACUUAUUUUACGUUCUGCCCUGUUCGUGGAAUAGACACCUUUGUCGAAAACUUUACGAUCAAUACGCCCCCGUGUUUGAUUCUUAUUUUAGAUGCGAUGGUAAGAUCCAUAUAUACCAUGCCAGCUGCAAUUCUACGCUGCCCGUUUGAACAACCAAAUAGCUCUUUUUGAAAGUCGAUAAAAAGCUAUCGACGCUUUUGAAAAUAAGCCUUCACUUGUCAAUGGAAAGCAUAUAAGGCUUUUUUUCUGUACAUGCUCUUCCAUCUUUCAGUGUGCUUUCCGCUUUCCUUUCUUAAUUCGCUAGAAACUUUGUCGAAUGGAAGAAAAUUGGGAGUGUCUUUGAAAGUAGGGACAGAUUUUUCUGUGAAUUGAGCACAGAUCAACUUGAGCUCGGUGCAAAUGGGCCUAGUGUUUACCACGCUCCGCUCAAUGCGAAGGUUUAGGGUUCGAACCUCUGCCCAUCGCCUAUUUUGGGACGCAUGCAUUGCAUACUGAACAUUUGCCUUCUUCCAUCCAAGAGUAAACGGGUGCGCGGUAUUAUAUCGAAGCUAUUGCUCAGGGACACGAGAAGGACACUAAAUAAUAUGAUGCCAUUUCCAUGAUGAUGAUUACGACGCUGAUGAUUAAAAUGAUCACAAUGAUGACGAUGUAAACGGCGACGAUGAUGAUUAUGGUGGCGGCAUCGGUGGUGGUUGUGCGUGAGGAUGAUGGUGAUGGUGGUGAUGAUUGAUGAUGAUGAUGAUGAUGAUGAUGACGGUGGU